AUGACACAGCCAGACCCGAACUGGAACCCGCCUCGCGGACCCAGAAACCGAUAUCCACACCGCCGAGGCCACGUUCAAGCAUCAAGUGAUCCAAACCCCGCCCCGCAGAUCUCGCAACCUCAAAGUCAGCAUACUGAGUCGACUCGGAAUCCGCAGCAGCGGAAUAGCGAUCCCUUCCAAUAUGACACGCAGACGAUGCCAUACUGGGAUGAUGCAAGCGGCGCAAUCCACGAGAUGUCUAAUGCAACACCCCGGAAUCUAGAUCGAGCAUACGCGAAGGACGUUGGUGGUGAGACUGGAGCUACGCAGGACCAGCAACAGCAACAGCAGGAUCAAGUUGCGGGUCUUCAAACGUAUGGUCAACAUCAGUGGCAUAAUCCUUAUGCAGAGAUCGUUGGCGGUGGACCGACCGCUGCUACCAAAGAAAACAAGGGCAAUAAGAGGAAUUUUACGCCCUACUUCGACGCCGCAGACCCGCGGAACCACACCGAUCUGAAAAGUCCAGAGAAAUACAACUUCCUCGGCACAAAAGACGUGAAUCAGAAGCUGCGCCAGGACAGCACUGAUGCGAUCAAACUAGCAACAGAGAAGCGUGGAAAGGUCAAGGCAGAUCAGGCAUUACCUUCGCUACCUGAACAUGAGCCAAAGACAACACUAGUAAAGAGGAAGAGCGCGCCUCUUCCCCCGAUUCUACCUAGAUUCGCUUUCGAGAACCCGGCAAUGAUAUCGGCGAAGCAGGUGAAGUCUAGGACAGCUUCGUUUGGGAAGAGUGCAGAAACUCCAACCCAACAACACCGCACACCUCUUUCUGCAAUCGUCGAAGCGCCGUCUCCGCUCACCACUCCAAACAAGCGACAAAGCGUCGACCGCACACCCACACUCGACCGCGUCCUCGCCCUCCGCGCAGAAGAACAAGCGAAAGCGCUUGCGCAACUCGAGGGCGAUGUGGUAGAAGAUAAGUCCGUGGAUGACAGCGAACGACAUGUCCCCCGCGAGUUGGUCAAGAGGAUAAGCGACGAGGAAAGUCGGUGUAUUCCUAGAGUUACGUCGCGGGAAGAGAAGAGGCAUGCGUCUGAGUUUAUUCCGGGUAUGAAGAUGCCGGGGCUGGAUGGACGGGAGGGGGGUUGUGUGAUGGAUGAUCCGGACGUUCGAGCCAAGGGGGAGAAUGAUGAUGCUCAAGAAGACGAGAUUGAGAAGUUGACGAAAGCGAUAGCGGGGUUGAAGCCGUUCCAGGAUCUACCGCCUCCGUCGUCGUCGCCGAAGAAGAAAGCGUUCGAGCGGCAGAGCGCUGUGCCGGUGGGGUUGGAUGUAGGGAAGAUUGGAAAGGGGAAAGAGGGGCCAAAAGACGGAGCAGAAUCGAAGCAAAAGCCGGAAGAACUAGGCGGACGGACGCAAGCUGAAGCAGAAGCGGAGCUUCUAACGGUACUCAAUGCGACGGAUAAAGGUACUGGUAGGGGUAGCGCGGGCGUGGGAACGUCGCAGGAGAACUCAUCGGCGGAGUCUUUUGCGACGGUGUCGUCGGAUGACUACGAACAGAUUCGGGCGGAGGAUGAGCUGGCGUCGGAGCAGAAUGGCGUGAAGAGGCGGUGGUAUAAAGGCUUUCGGAAGGUUUGA